UGUGACAGAAUGGACUGGCUGAACUUGCAUCGAGAUGUGCUCUGACAGAAUAUGUGGCUGUUUGUGAGUGUGUUGUGUUGUAAAUGUGUGUGUGUGUGUGUGUAUACACUUGAACCCAAGACACAAUGGCUGUAAAUCGAGUGUCUCAACUUUGCCAUGAUAUCACUAGGCUAUGGUUGCAGCUGAAGAUGAUGACAGAUGGCAUUGUGCAGAGGGAGGAUGGCCCCCUUUUUGCAGCAGAAAUUGGCUCUGAACUCCAGAAACAGUUUGCCGUUCUGCCAGGUGGGCGUGGACUGAAUGGCUGUCCCGUCAUUGUCUUCCCAGAAUUCCCAGGGUUCAGCGAGCUGGAGGAGGAGGAGCUCCACAAUGUCCUUACCUACCUCACCAGCAUCCCCAGUGUUGCAGCAUCAAGAGUGGGUUUUAUCCUGGUCAUCGACAGACGACUGGACCGAUGGGCCUCUGUCAGGGCUACCCUGCUCCGAAUCGCAGGCUCAUUUCCAGGGAACUUGCAAUUGGUUCUGGUUUUGCGCCCCACCACUUUGUUCCAGCGGACUCUGUCAGACUUCUUGUUCAAGUUCAACAAGGAUGAGUUCAAAAUGAAGGUUGUGAUGCUGAGUUCGGUGACUGAGCUCCAUGCUUAUAUCAACCCAGGACAACUGACCACAGAGCUGGGAGGAACACGGGAAUAUUGCCAUGACAGCUGGAUCUCUCACCGCACUGCAAUCGAGGCCUUUGCCCUCAUGGUGAAGACCACGGCUCAGACUCUGCAGGCGUUUGGCACCGAGCUCGCUGAAACAGAAUUACCCAAUGAUGCCGAGGCCACUACCAACCUGCUGCACACACAUACACUGAAGAAGGACAAAAUGAAGGAGGACCUACAGGUGGCACUGUCCCAAGGCAGACGACUGUUGGACUGCAUCAAUGAACCCCUCCAAACAGACACUGAAUACAGUAUGACCCAAGAUGAGCUGGAGAAUGUGGCUACAGUACAGAGACUCCUUGGUCAGCUGGACGAAACAGAGACAGCAUUUGAUGAUUUCUGGGAGCGUCAUAGAAGUAAGCUGGAACAGUGUUUGCAGCUGCGCCUUUUUGAACAGCACUUCCGUGAAGUGCGCAACGAGCUUGAUGCGACAUCAGAGAGGCUGUCGGGUUUCUCAGAGGUCAGCGUAAACCCUGCCCAUGCUGAACAUGUCCUGCGAGAGCUCAGCAGCCAUGAGGACAAGGCUUUUGACAUCCUGGACCAUGCCCUGUCCCUGGCCUGUGAUGGAGAUAGGCUGAUCGAGAACUCUCACUAUGCUGAGGACUCCAUCAGGCCAAAGUGCAGUGAGCUAAGGGGAGUGUGUGAAGAGAUCAGCUCCACACUGAGGAGAAAGAAAAAACUGCUACUCAAAGCAAUGGAGCUUCACCACGCUCUAGAGAAGGCAUCACAGUGGUGUGAGGAGGGCAUCUUCCUGUUGGCCAGCCAGCCUGUAGAUCGCUGCCAGUCUCAGGAUGGAGCGGAAGCAGCUCUGCAGGAACUAGAAAGAUACCUGGACACAGCAGCAUUACACACCCUCACUGACCAUGGCGCCAUCUGUUGCCAGUACGAGGCAGUUCUCACCACACAGCUCAGGGACCAGGUAGAAAGAGUUUUCCAUAAGCAAACCUCUGUCCAGGAGAUGUUCGAGAAGAGACGCAUCAGUUUGAAGAAACUCGCCGCCAAACAGACUAGGCCAGUCCAGCCAGUCGCACCAAGACCUGAAGUGAAGUCCCCACAUUCCUCUCCCAAUCUACAGAGAAAAGAGAGGAGAAACUCUGCAGAUAAUGCAAUCUGCAAAAAGGUGGAGUCUCCGAUACAUAACAUUGGCACCAGACACACCUCUCUGUCAGGAGAAGAAGAAAACCUGGCAGUGCUUAGGCGUCAUGUGAUGAAUGAACUGCUGGAGACAGAGAGGGCAUAUGUGGAGGAGCUACUGUGUGUGCUGGAGGGCUAUGCAGCAGAGAUGGAUAACCCUGCCAUGGCUCACCUCAUCCCCAGUACCUUACUCAGCAAGAAAGAUGUCCUCUUUGGCAACAUGUCUGAAAUCUAUCAAUUUCAUAAAAGGACUUUCCUAAAGGAACUGGAAGCGUACACUGACUGCCCUGAACUGGUGGGGCGCUGCUUUUUAGAACGUAUGAAGGACCUGCAGAUCUAUGAGGCGUACUGCCAGAACAAACCUCGCUCUGAGAGCCUGUGGAGACAGUGCUCGGAUUGUGCCUUCUUCCAGGAGUGUCAGAAGAAGCUGGAACAUAAACUUGGUUUGGACUCCUACCUCCUUAAACCUGUCCAGAGAAUCACCAAGUACCAGCUACUACUGAAGGAGUUGUUGAAGUACAGUAAAGGCUGUGACAGCUGUAAUGACCUUCAAGAAGCUCUCUCCUCGAUUCUGGGGAUCCUGAAAGCUGUAAAUGACUCCAUGCACCUCAUCGCCAUCACAGGAUAUGAGGGUAACCUGUCAGAGCUUGGUCGUCUGCUGAUGCAAGGAUCCUUCAGCGUGUGGACCGAGCACAAAAAGGGUCAUGCCAAGGUCAAGGACCUGGCCCGGUUCAAGCCCAUGCAGAGACACCUUUUUCUGCAUGAAAAGGCGUUGCUCUUCUGUAAAAAGAGAGAGGAGAAUGGCGAGGGCUACGAGAAAGCUCCGUCUUACAGCUUUAAACACUCCCUCAGUAUGAGUGCAGUGGGUAUAACGGAGAAUGCUAAAGGUGACAACAAGAAGUUUGAAAUCUGGUGUAACUCCAGAGAAGAGGUUUUCAUAGUCCAGGCUCCUAAUCCAGAGAUUAAAACAGCAUGGGUGAACGAGAUCCGUAAAGUUCUGACGCAGCAGCUCAAAGCCUGUAGAGAUGCCAGUCAACAGAAGAGCUUAGACUCCCCGAGUCCCUCCAGCAACAUCACCUCCAACUCACUCAGUCCUUUUCGUAGCAGUGGUCAGAAGAACCAGAAGAAACAAGACGAGAAGAAGGUGGAGCCAAGCCUAACCUUAGACGCAAACACCUCAUCCUCACCAAAACACAAAGAGGAACAAGUGACCAGUCCGACCACUGACAGAUCCUCAGUGGCUAAAAAGCGUUUUACUUUGCAGGGCUUCAGCAAUCUCAAGAGUCCAAAAGGCUCCGCCUUGUGCCCUGAACAUGGCUCCAAACAGCACUUGGUCAAGAGUGAUCCCACACCAUUUGGGUUCAAAGGAUGGAGCAAGGUGUCUCUCUCUGUUGAUGCCUCAGAGGAGAAUGAUGGCUACUCCAGCGGCGAGGAUCCCAUGAACUCUGACCCUGACGAUGAAGUAGGAAAGAAGCUGGCGCUGGGAAAGUACACUGUGGUAGUAGACUGUGAGAAGGCGGGACCUCAGGAGCUGUGUGUCAAGAGUGGAGAUGUGGUCCAGCUAAUUAGAAAAGGAGAAGAUGGGCAGUGGUUUGUGAGGAAUCUUCGCAGCAAUAAGGAGGGUUGGGUUGCAGCGUCAAACCUCCUCAGCCUCAUCUCAGGGUCCAAGUCAACACAGUCACUCAGCAGCUCAGAUGGCAGCGUUUCUGGGAAUCUCAGCACAUCUUCCAGCUGCAGUGAGACCUACACCAGCUUUUCUGACAUCAAACCCUGACCUGAGAGCAGGACUCGCUCUGUCCCUCAACUCAGAAUCAAUUGCAGGUGGAGUCACAGAACCUGAAGCUGACAGGAGGACACACAUACACCACUGCUCACAACCAAAAAGCAGAACAUCAUUGUGUCUGCAGAUGUUAAAAAGUGUUAUGAAAAGCCAUAUUAUACUCUCAUUCACACUCAAAAACAAGAAUAGAAUUGAUCAUUCCAGGGACAGAAGAUUCAAAUAAUAAGUUUCUGAAUGUACAAUCACCUCCUGUCAGGUUUUUAAACACCACACCCACCCAUGUGAUUAUGUAGCAUUGAAAGAAAUUCAAAUAUCUGCACUAAACAUGAGGUGUCAGGAUUAUCAACAAGGAAUUUUGUACACUGUGAAAACUGGCAGCUGGCUGCAACACGCAAAAAGAAAAAAAACUAUCAUAGUAUCAUUGAACAGCGCAAAGGUUCAGUGCAUGUAGUUUGAAGUAUUUUUUUCUCCCUUUUUUAUGUUUAAUCACACCAAUUGUUUAAGGUCCAGUGUGUAAGAAUUACUGACAUCCAACAAGAGGAUGUCAGUAAUUGUCAUUCUUCUUUGCUUGCAUAGUAAGCUCCAGCUUUAAAAUGCGAAAUGUACACACUGGCUGACUUUUGAUUUUGGGCUUCAGUUGAAACAGGGUUGGACAAAAUGUUGGCCUCCAUAGAGCAAGGACAACAUUUUAUAUAAAGCACACACAAGGCUUAUUCUAAGGUUACAAAUUUAAAUAUUUAUAAACAUGCGUCAAGUACCAUUAAACUCACUUAAAUGUUACACACUGGCCCUUUAAAUUCCUGAGGUGUGUGGUGUCAAAGCAGUGGGCUUUUGUUAAAGGUACAGUGUGUAAAAUAUAUCAAAUCAAUAACUAUCAUCUCACUCUUCUCUUCCAAGUGUGUUGUUGAACCUAUGUAGCCUUCACUUAGCAUCAAGAGUGAAAAGAAGUUUAGUUUGUCCAUUCUGGCCUACUUUAAAAACACGGAGAUACAAAAUGGCAGCCUCCAUUAAGCUGACCUGCCUUCUGAUUAGGGGUGUCACAAUCUCGCUAAAACCAAUAUUGAUUGAAAUGACGUCACAAUCACGACCUUUACUCGAAAGCAAAGCUUGGAAUCAAGGAUUUAACCACGCCCCCAGUGUGUCUCGCCAGAGGGGAAAAACACAGUGUUGUGGUUGUAGCCAUUGAAACACAACUUCACGUUAUCUCAUCCCGCUAACCCGAAGCAGCUGCCAACUGAUAGCAACCACAGCAACUACUGAUUUAGCAACGCAUCAAGCUAACCCCCCGCUUCUCUGGAAUCACUGUUGUGGAAAUAUUUUGUGUAUCCCGUGAGCACAUACGUCGACAGUGCAAACGUUGUCAACCAGUAAACGCAUGUUAUGCUCAUGUAGCAAAGCACAUCUCUGCAUGCAUCAUAAGGACGUAGACGUAACGAAUGAAAACAACUUGGAUUUGGACAAUUGUGACACCCUUACUGCUGUUAUACAUAUAUUUAUGUAAAAGGCUCAUUUUAGAAAUUACAUUUUUGACUAAUGAAAAUAAUUUCACCCAAAUUUUACACACUGGACACUUAAAUGAUGUAUUUGUGCAAUUUUUUUUAAUGAGCGCUUCCCCUAACUCUUUUUUCGUGGUAAUUUACUACAAAAAACAGGAACCAACAGCACCACCUAGUGGUAAACUGUUUUGCACUUCUCCUGCUACACUUGCAAAUCAGCUCCAAAGUGAGCAGCAGCUUGAAACAACUUAUUUCUUGAUGUAACUUGUCUCUGAACUACUCUGGAUUUAUUUCUCAGGAAGCCCAAGACGUUGUGUGGGCAAGCAGGUGUGACUGCAUACCUGCUGAUGUCGACUAAACCUCUUUGUUUGUGUAUGCAUUCUUGCAUUUUUAUGUAGCUUGGUGCAAGGUGUAUGUCACGAACCUCCCAGAAAGGCUGUUAAACCAAGACAUAUAUUACAUGUGGUCAUUAUUAUUACUUGUGGUUACCAGUGGUUUAAAGCUCCAACCCAAGAUUGACAAAACCUGGCCAGACCAGUCCAGUAGACACAAAUAAAUCUCACAGUUUUGUACAUUUAUAUUCUGUUUUCGUGACAUGGCUGUUCACCUCACCUACCUGGACUCUGCACUGCACCAACAAAAGCAGGCUUUGUCCUUAUCCUCAGCUCCCAGCCCCGCUGAGGCAUGUGACAGUAGCCACUCUCCUCCCUCUCUCUACAAGCAGGGCUGACCAAGAUCGAGACCUGCUCAACAUGUUUGUGCCACCAUUCCAAGAGCAAUGUGUGCUUACUCAACACUGUACUGUAGUUACUGAGUAAUUGUCACGGUAGAGCCAAAUUAAAACGUUAGACAUAAGUCUAACUUUGGGUGUGAAUUACACACCAUUGUGGCCCUGAUUGACCAUGUUGGGCCUUAUAGUGGAAAUGAGAAUAUUGGUGAUAGGUUGAUAGCGCUCUGUUGCCAACCUGCACCUUUUAUCACAUAAUUUGUGCUGUUCUGAAAACUUAAAUACAUCCUUGUUUUUAAUCACUGAAGCACGAUCAUGUUGCGCUAAAAGCAGCUACACCCACCCACCACUAGGACUGCUGUAUUUGUCAAAGCCAUGCUAAACACAAUUGUGGUUUUGUUUAAUCCCACUCUAGCUACGAUUGGUGCUCAUAAUUGUUUUUGUCAUUUUGAAAUGCAUGUCCACUCUAGGAAAUGAUCAUUCAGUGUCAAACUGUGAGGUAAUACACUGUGGCUGGCUUUAUGUGCUUAUGUAAGUAGUGAAUUUUACACUUGUACAGAUGUGUCCUCCCUUUACUUCAAAUUGUUUUCCUCAAGAGCAUGUAUACCAUGGUGAGGAUCAUGUCUUUGUCUGUAAAGCAUUGCUUUUCUUGGCAUGUUAUUCCUCAGUUCACGUCAGAGCUUUGAAUCGGGCAGGUAUUUUUUUUACUAGGCACUGUUGUAUAUUACAAGAGUAUUUAUUUUCUGCCUUCUUAUGAAAGCUGACACGGGCACUAAACAUGUCAGUGUUGUAAUUUGUGAUCACACAAUAAAAUUAAUGCAUUAUUUGUAUUUGUAUUUGUGUGUGGACAGUGGAGAGAUCAGAGGGGUUAUAUAUAUAUUUUUUUUCAUUUUUAUGCAGCAUAUUGCAGCACAACCACUGCCCUUAUUUCCUAUUGUAUAUCUACUGAUUAUGGUGUUGAUACUGACAUUAUAAUGAGACAUAUCUGUGUAUAUUUGUAAAUAUGUAAUUCUUAAUUGUAUGUAAAAUGAAAAGCAACUUUAAUAAAGUCUGACAUGGUUUCCUCUA